UUUUUUUUUAAUAAAUACAGAAGAAAGUGGGAAAGUGUUUGACUAUCACGAUAUAGCAGAACACUGCAAGCGAAAACAAAUACAGAUUUCACGUACACAGGCGUUCUUUUAAAGACACACAAAACCGUCUUUCCUCAGUUAGCUAACGUUUAGAAAGAAUGAGCCUAAUUCAUUAAGCGCGUGCCCUUCCGUGGCCAUUAUUUAAAUGGGGGCAACAUGUACUGGCACUUGUCUGAACCACGUCUGGUUCACUGCUUGGGGAAAACAAACAACGCUAUCAAUGCAUCCCUAUUGUUUAACUCCAAUCCAGCUGAUGUAUUUAAGAAAGCGAAGCAUCCCAGAAACCCAGGGGAUGGUGAGAGAGACUUUCCCUGUGAUCACCCAAAGCCUCCAUGGCGAUAGGGUGGCGUCAAAGCCUCUGCUCUUGAACCCCUAAAAACCCCCGAGCUAUAACAGUUCACCCCUUGACCCCUGACCCCUCUCUGUGUUCCUCAAUCUUCCUGCUUAACCAAUUGGUGUUUCUUUUUUGCAGCAUUAUGAUCCUGGCCAUGUUGUGCUGAUGGUAAACUUAGUGGACGCACCGACCCUGUACCCAUCAUCGUCAAAUAUGAUGUCAUGGGAAUGGGACGCAUGGAAAUGGAGCUGGACUAUGCCGAGGACGCAACAGAGAAGCGGCGAGUAUUGGAGGUGGAGAAAGAGGACACAGAGGAGUUGCGGCAAAAAUACAAGGAUUAUGCAGAGAAAGAGAAAGCCAUCGCCAAGGCGUUGGAAGACCUGAGAGCCAACUUUUACUGUGAGCUAUGUGAUAAGCAGUAUCAAAAACACCAGGAGUUUGACAAUCACAUCAACUCUUACGACCAUGCACACAAACAGAGGCUGAAAGAGCUGAAGCAGAGGGAAUUUGCCCGGAAUGUUUCUUCACGUUCCCGCAAGGGUGGAAGAAAGCAGGAGAAGAUGCUGCGACGUAUACACGAGCUGGCGGAGCAGAGGAAGCAGCAGGAAUGUGUUCCUGGUAGCGGACCAAUGUUCAAGCAAACCACAGUGGCAGUCGAUGGAGAAGAAGGUGGCUUCUCAAGCAUCGAUGGCAUUCCCAUGACCCCAGAUGGUGUGCCGGAGGAACCUUCAGGAGAGGAUAAAGGAAAUGCUGGUGGUUUUGGUCAAAGUUCUCCAAAACCAGGACCAACUAUCAGUUUUUCUCUUCGCAAGAACAGUUCCUCACCCACACCAAGUGUUGGAACCCAUGCUCCCAAAGUUAGCGUGUCUUUCUCGUUUGCUAAGAAAGCACCUGUUAAACUAGAGACAGCUGCUGCUGUGUUUGCUGACCAUGGAGAAGAAGCAAUAGAAGGAGAAGAGGGCCAAGAAGAAGUAGUUGAGAAGAUGUCAGGGGAGGAAGGAGGUACAGCAUCCAGCACUGACAGCCCAGAGAGUACAUCAGGUGCCAUGGGUGGAGGGGAUGAGCAGCCACAGUCUGAUGAUGGGGGAACCCUGGCCUCUACCCUUAACAAGCUGAAGAUGAUGAUGAAGAAGGAGGAAGGUUACUCAGGGCAGGAGCCACAAUAUUAUCAUUACAUGCCUCCUGCACACUGUCGGGUAAAGCCGCAUUUUCAGUUUCUGCUCUUCAUGAAGGCCUCUGACCAAUGUGGUAGUCAGGAGGAAGAUGAGGACGGGGAGGAAGAGCAGAAAGCAGUACAAGUGGAAGAAGAUGCAGGACAAGAAGAGCCUAAAGACAAUGACUGCAAAUCAGAGAAGGACACUGUGAAAGAGCCUGUAAAGGAGCAGAGUUCAAAUCCUUCAUCGCCCAAAUUAAAAACUGAAGAAGUAUCAGAUAUCACCCCAGGAGUAGUCAGCAAUGCAGAUUCCUCAAGCACUGUUUCCCAAUCAACUGAAGCUAAGCAAGGUUCAUCUGAACCUCAAGACACUGGCCCUCGAAUUCCAACAGGACCUUUCUUUCCUGUUUUAAGUAAGGAUGAAAGCACUACCUUACAGUGGCCCUCUGAACUUUUGGAGUUCACUAAGGCCCAGCCCUCACUAUCCUACAGUUGCAACCCCCUUUAUUUUGAUUUUAAGCUGUCCCGGAAUAAAGUCAAUAGAGGUGGUAAGGCAAACAAAGCUGGUAAACCAGCUAAUGCUGACGGUGGAGAGGGUUCCAAGGCAGAAGAUACCACUAGCAAUGCAGCCACAAGUAGAGAAACUAGUACAGCAACACCAACACCACCAGGAGUCAAUAUUGACAAAAAGGAUGAAGCUUCAUUGAAAGAAAAGACUGCAGAGGAUGAGAACAAAGACAAGAAGCUAGAAAACUCUGAGGACAUAGUUGGAGGAUCCAAGAAAAAGAAAAAGAAAAAGAAACACAAGAAGUUAAGCAAGAGAGCCAAACGAAAAGAAAAAGAGAAAGUGGAGGGGGAGAUGGUGACCGAGACCCCGGGAGAGAAGACCAAAAAGAAAAAGAAACACAAACGAAAGAAAAACAAAAAUAAAGUACGUGCUGAGGAAGAUGAGAAAGCGGGAGAAAGUAAAGAACAGAAAGACACGGAUGACAAAGGUGGAACCAAUUCCGCCGCUCCGAAUGCAGUAGGGACUUUGACUUCAGAUGGAGGAAAGAGAAAACGGCUACAUAAAGAAGUGUCGCAAAAGUCAGUUUCUCAAGAGAGGAGCACAGGAAAACCCAAUCUGUCAGAAGAGCACAGUGGUACAAAACGUCCCAAACCUGACCCAAGCACAUCAGUGGCAUCCUGCUCUGCCUCUGCACAGAAAAGCCCUGUGGGUGGUCGACCACCGACGAGUGAAAGUGAUGAAGAUGGAGGCUCAGCAUCUCAACGCUCACGCCGUCCUCAUCGUCGCAAUACUCCUCCACGUGAAAGGCAUCACCGAAGUGAGGACUCUGGACAGUCAGGUCGCUCACGGAGUCGUUCUUCUCGCAGAGGAGAUCGUAAUCAUCGGCGCAACAGAGGACAAAAAUCUCAUAGUCGAUCAUAUUCAAGCAGCUCUGAGCGGUCCUCUGCGAGAAGCAGUGCUUACAGUCGCCGCAGCCACAGCUACUCGGACAGCUAUAGUGACUACAGUGGUGGAGAACAUCGCAGGACAAAAAGACGGUCAUCAGACUCUGAAUACGAAAGGAGAGGCGGAGGACGGUCGCACAGACGGCAUUACUCCUCCUCGUCUUCAGAAGACUCUCGUUCACGGUCACGCUCGCACAGCCGCAGAAAGCACCAUAGACGGCGGCGUCAUCACAGCAGCAGCCGCAGUUACAGUCGUAGCAGCAGGAGCAGCAGUGCUCACUCAUACCGACACAGCAGCUACAGCCGUAGUUGCAGCUCUGCCAGUCGCUCGUCCAGCUCCACCAAAGGCUCACCACAACGGCACAGUCAUAACCGACGGGCUGACAGUUCUUCGCGGAGACGUGAUUUUAACCGCUCUCGUAUCUACCGAUCCCAGUCUCCGAGGUCUUCCUCGUCCCGUGCACAGCCACGAACCAGCAACUCAACACAAGUAACAAAAGGAAGUGGGGGAGGAGGCGGUGCUUCAGAGCAACGGAACUCACUCACAGCACGACAGCUUCUCGAAAGAAUCCAGUCUCGCAAGGGUGGCGAAGAUUCUGGAACAGGAAGCAAACCAGGCACCAAAAUUAAGGACCCUCCACAGGGCUACUUUGGGCCCAAGCUCCCCCCUGUACUUGGAAACAAGAACAUGUUGCCCCUGUUUGGUAAACUGCAAGCAGGGAAGAAACCUUCAUUACUUUCUGUAAUGCGAACAAAUGAUGGGGAAAAGUCAGGGCUUGGAAAGGGUUCUGAUACAAGUAAUGAGGUGAUUCUUGUAGAGCCCAUCCGUGAGUUUCCUCCUCCACCCCCACCACCACCUCCACCAGUUCAGCAGCAGCAACAGGUGGAGGAGUCUAACUCAAAUACUUUGGUUUCAGAUGAGGUCAGAAACCAAGCCGCAGAACCCCAAGUGCUGCAUGAAUCACGAUCAGUUUUUGAGCAGGAAUCGGCUAAGGUUAUGCCUGCAUACCAAGUUGAGCCUGGACAAGACCCCAACAACCCAAUGAUGGAUGGGUGUAUUCUGGCAUCUGACAUGGGUCAGCAAACAGCCAUGCACACCUAUCAAGGCUACCCAGUGCCCAAUAUGGAGGAGGAGGACAUAGGCAUGGAGGCUGAAGAGGAUGGCUUGGCACCUCUGGAGAGCCAGCCAAUUACAUUUACCCCAGAGGAGAUGGAGAAAUACAGUAAGCUACAACAAGCAGCUCAGCAACAUAUUCAGCAGCAGCUUCUUGCGAAACAGGUGAAAACGUUCCCCUCAGCAGCAGCCGCCGCGGCUGCGGCCAAUUUGGCCGCCGCUGCCAGCCUUGCCCCUGCGCCGCCUCCACCACCUGCUGCGCUACAACAAAUCCAUAUACAGCAGCCUGCUGUGUCUGCAACUUCAGCAACAUCAAUUACAACAGUGCAACAUGCCAUACUGCAGCAUCAUGCAGCUGCCACGGCAAUGGGCCUCCACCAUCACAAUCCACACCACGCCCAUCCUGCUCAUGCUCAACUCGCCCAAGUUCACCAUAUACCACAACAUCAUCUCACCCCUAUUUCUUUGUCACCUUUGGGCCACACAUUAGCCCAUACGUUAGGGCACACUUUAGGGCACACUGGCCUGAUUCCAGCCCACCAUUCUGCCUUCCUCCACGGGCAACCAAUCCACAUAAUCCCAGCGUCUGCGCUCCACCAUGCCCCAUUAGCUUUGCAUCAUGUACCCCAUGCAGCCCUUUACCCUACUCUCUUUGCACCACGGCCAGCUAGUGCAGCUGCAGCAGCAGCUCUGCAACUUCACCCUCUUCUUCACCCCAUUUUCUCAGGGCAAGACCUUCAGCACCCUCCCAACCACGGCUCCUGAAACGAAGGGUGUUCGUUCUUUACAAAGGUUGUCCUGAGUUGUGUUGAGUGUGAGAGGUAACCUUGCUUCUGGGUAUCAAUCCUCUUUUCAUCAAUGGUUGCCUCUCAAAUGUAACAUCGGUUGGACAAAUAAAGGGGUAAUAUAAAAAUAAUAAGAGGAAAUUCUGGCUUCUUUAUAGUUAAAAUUGUAGGGGGUGGGGAUGGCAAAUGCUCAUAAACCAGUUUCCGAACAAUUAUGAAUGAGUUCCUGUUAAAGCCUGCCACCUAAUCAGUUUUUUUUUUUUUCGCAACAGUCAAACUAAACUAUAUAUUAUUCUAUAUGGUCUUAUUUUGAACCCUUGUAGCUAAAGAGACUUUCUGUGCGCAGUAAUGACGUGGGCCUAUAAACAAUAAUUAUUGUAAACAACUUUUUUCCUUCAAGUAAAGAACCAAAACAGGAACAGGAAUUAUGCGAGAGGGAUCGAAGCCAUAUUUCAUACCUAAUGUAACUUUCAAUGGUUUGUGAUAAAUUAUUGAUAAAAAUGAAGAAAACUAGACACAACUGAGGCGCUUAACCUUGAUGUCAGAUGAUGUUGAUGUUCGUUCUGUUACACUGUCUUAGGUUGCCCCUACGCUCUGAUGGACUUAAGUUGCACUGAAAAAUGGACAUCAAGAUGCUGCUUUUGCAUCAUGUAAGAACUGUAUGAUUGUAGUAUUCUGCAAUAAUUUUUUUAUUUGAUUUUAAAUUAUUUUCCAGUUUUUUUUUUUUUUGUUUUUUUUUUAGCUUUCCCUUGUGUAAUUACAUCUUUGUAAAUAGGUAUCGAAGUAUUGUAAUAUAAGCUGCCUUUGUAACUGUUUAAAAUUAGUACAAAAAGGAUGAAUUAAAAAAAAAAAAAAAAAAAAAAAAACUAAACAAAGAGCAAGAAAGUGGUUUGAUCAGGGCUGGUACAAUAGCUUGUGAACCUGCUGUAACUGGAGCGGUUAUCAGGUGAGUCUGUGAUGUAAAGGGACUGGUUUAGGGGCGAGGUGUUGCUGCAUAAUAAAUUGAUGAAACGAAAGCAACGAUAUUUACUUUUUUAUUCUUUAUUGAUGUGUCAGAAAAUAAAGCAUUUUUGAGACCUAAA